CGGGUUUCGGUGCCGGAAGCCGGGGCCGGGGCGGGCGCAGGACGCCAGGGCGGAGCGUGGCCCAGCCUGGGCAGAGUCCGGCCGGUCCCCAGCAGCCGGAGGCAUGGCGGCCCCGGCUGGAGAGCAGAUCCACCGAGCGGUGCAGUGGCUUCCGCCCUUCCCGGCUCAGGAUUACUAUGGCAAAGAGCUGCAGAGGUCGGAGGACCUGAAAACCAAUGCUUGCGUCACGCCGGCCGUGUGCCGCGUCCCCAAGGCCGCGAGGGCCGCGCUGGAGCGCAUCCACGAAGAGGUGGUGGCGAGGUAUUACGGCUGCGGGCUGGUGCUUCCCGAGCGCCUGGAGUCCUGCUGCGUCCUGGAUCUGGGCAGCGGCAGCGGCAGGGACUGCUACCUGCUCAGUCAGCUCGUCGGGGAGAAGGGCCACGUCACCGGCAUAGACAUGACCGCAGGCCAGGUCGAGGUGGCGAAGAAGCACAUCGCCUACCACAUGGACAAAUUUGGCUACAGAAAGCCGAACGUGGACUUCAUCCAGGGCUACAUGGAGAAGCUGGGUGAUGUUGGCCUGGCCGAUGAGAGCUACGAUAUUGUCAUCUCGAACUGCGUGAUCAACCUCUCCCCGGACAAGAGAGCCGUCCUGCGGGAGGCCUAUCGAGUGCUGAAGCCUGGGGGAGAGAUGUACUUCAGCGACGUCUACGCCAGCCAGCGCCUGAGUGAGGCCGCCCGGGCGCACAGGGUGCUGUGGGGGGAGUGCCUGGCGGGAGCCCUGUGCUGGAGGGAGCUGUACGGCAUCGCCCAGGAGGUGGGGUUCAGCCCCCCGCGCCUGGUCGCCGCCAGCCCCAUUGCCAUCGGCCACGAGGAGCUGCAGAGCAUCGUCGGUGACUGCCGGUUCGUCUCUGCCACUUUCCGUCUCUUCAAGGUGCCGGCGGGCGGCCGGGCCGGGCCGGGCCGGGCGGUCUACAAUGGCGGCAUCGCGGAGCAUGAGCGGGAGCUGGCCUUCGAUGCCAACUUCACCUUCAAGGAAGGAGAAGCCGUGGACGUGGACGCCGACACGGCCGCUAUCUUGCGGAGCUCCAGGUUCGCCGAGGACUUCUCGAUCCAAGCCAGUGGGGUGGGGGCGGACGCCAACGCUGCGCUGCCAGGCUGCUGCCGUGGGAGGGUGAAGGUCCUUCUCUGCCCCCAGGAGAGGAUCUGCGACCCCUUCCAGCUGCUGGAGCGCCCGGGAGCCCCGGCGCCUGCCUGCGGCCCCCACGGGUGCUGCUGAGCGGCCGAGCGAUGGGGGACGCGGCCCCGGCGGCGCCUGGCUUUCGCUGGAGAGCAAAUAAACAGCUGAGCUUGAA